CAACUAAUCAGGCCAAGCAGUGCCAUCAUUAUUGUUUCUUUUUUAAUACUUUUGGAUUGUUUAAAAUGUUUCCUGCAGCCGCUAAAAACUUUGUGAAACAGGUUGGGGACACGGGGAGACUGAUCCCGGUUCCAAGCCUGAGCGAGGCUGACCGCUACCAGCCCCUCAGCCUGGUCACCAGGAAGAGGAAGAGGCAUUUCUGGAAGAAGAACAAGUAUGCCUCGACUCCUUUCUCACUGAAAGACAUCCUUGUUGGAGAAAAAGAGAUCACAGCAGGGGUAUCCUCUUAUCAACUCCUAAACUACGAGGACAAAUCUGAUGUAGCCCUCAACGGCCGUUUAGGUAAUCACAUUAUCAAUGAUGUGGGGUUCAACGUCAGUGGGUCAGACUCGGUGGCUGUCAAGGCCUCCUUCGGAAUUGUGACCAAACAUGAGCUGGAGGUUCCCACUUUGCUCCGUGAACUUAACUCCAGGAAGGUGGACCUCGAUCACUGCCUGGUCCGUCAGUCUAGGGAGAGUGGACGGACCGUCCUCUGUGUGGUUGUAGAGAGCAUCCGGACAACACGUCAGUGCUCUCUGACUGUACAUGCUGGCAUGAGAGGGACAACCAUGAGAUUUCAGAUCGACGACGGCAGAAAUCCCAAAGGUCGAGAUAAAGCCAUCGUCAUUCCAGCUCACACCACCAUCGCCUUCAGUAUCUGCGAGCUGUUUGUCCGUCUAGAUGGCCGGCUCGAUAUUUGUGUUGCUCCAGAGUCACAAGGGGGGUUUGAGAGGGAGCAGAUCAGGGAGCAGUUGGGCGGCUUUAUUGGACAUUUCUCAAUGGGACGCCUGCGCCGCUUCCUGUCUGGGAUAAUCUAUGGAAACCCCUUCCGAGCAGAUGACCGAACGUUCGAAGAGCUCACCCACUCCGACACCUACAUGGACGACAUGGUGACUGACUACUACGAGAAGGCUGCCAGUAUGACGGAUGUGUCUACAACCUACCUGAGGGAAAGCUCUCACACGCGGGUGAAUCUCCUAAAACAUAACAUCCCGAAGGGUCCCUGCGCACUGUGCGGUAUGGGAAACCAGCGGCGGGAAACAGUCUACGGGUGUCUCGAAUGCUCCACUGGGGGCCAGAAGUAUGUCCGACUGCAUGUGGUGCCCUGUUUCGAUCUUUGGCACAAAACCCUAAGGUGAAAAGGGCAAACCUUUGAACUGUGGCCAACAUCUUUGACACAUCUUGCCAUUGCCUCAGAAGCAACCAACUAUCUCUGAACAUAAUACCCUUGUCACCUGGCUGGUGUAUCAUUUUCAUUUUUGCUUUGGCAGCAUCCUGUUUCCAUGUAUGUGGUGCCUGUGUACUGUAGCUCGCAUCAGAUGAAUUAUUCAGCGAUUGUGUAAAGGCCAGCAAGGAAACAAUGACAGACUGGUUGUGCUCAGUUUCAACUGUGUCACUGUUGUCUUUGUUUUAACUCUGUCUCACCUAGAUUUAACUCUGUUUCUAUAAGUAUGUUCUUUUGAAAUCAUUGCAAUGAGUCUCUGGUCUUCUCAGGUGUAAUUCAAAUUGAAGGUUUGGAUGUUGUUCCUGAUGUAAACCACAAAAGACUAUAACAAAUGUGUUUUAUCUCUGAAAAUUUAUUGUUUACUGAUGUGAUUGUUCUAUGAAUGUGAACAUGGAGUAAAAAGAUGACUAUAGAAUAACA